AUGGGAGUUGGAGGAACUCUAGAGUACUUAUCUGAUCUAAUGGGAAGUGGCCACCACCAACACAAGAUCAAGAAGAGGAAGCAAUUACAGACGGUCGAGUUGAAGGUGAGGAUGGAUUGUGAUGGUUGUGAGCUUAAAGUCAAGAAAGCCCUCUCUUCAAUAAAUGGAGUAAAAUCAGUGGAGAUAAACAGGAAACAGCAAAAAGUGACAGUAAUGGGGUAUGUGGAGGCAAAUAAGGUCCUAAAGAAAGCCAAGUCAACAGGGAAGAAAGCUGAGAUUUGGCCUUACGUGCCAUACAACAUGGUGGCUCAUCCAUAUGCUGUUUCUUCUUAUGACAAGAAGGCUCCUCCUGGAUAUGUGAGGAGAUUGGAGACUUCCACUGGAAUGGUUGCUACACAUGAAGAUUCACAUCUCACCAAUAUGUUCAGUGAUGAAAACCCAAAUGCAUGCUCCAUUAUGUAG